AUGGCUGUAAAGGGCGUCUUUUCUUACUGGUGGUUCCCUGUCAUCUCAGGCCUUGUCUGGCUGGGCAUGCUCCUCGGUCUCCUUCUGGAAUGGCAAGUCAACCAACAUGGCCGUCGCUAUCCCACGCAGUCUCGCUACUCCGACAUCGCCUACAUCUCAAAUGUCGGUGCCGAUCGUCUCCAGCCUCUCUUCAUUGUCGGCUGCGUCUUGACCUCCAUCUUCCUCGACGCCGCGUUUCUCUCUGAGCGAUGGCUGCGACAUCGCGGCCGUCUUGCCCCCAACACGACCGUCAUGGAGAAGGUCCUCAGCGGCCUCUCCAUUAUCUUCGCGACUGUUGGAACUGUUGGUCUUAUCUGCUUGUCUAUCUUCAAAACGGGAAAGUACAGCAGACUGCACAAUACCUUUUUGGCGCUCUUUAUUGGAGGCUAUCUGUUCUCUGCUGUCUUUAUCUGCUGGGAGUACCAGCGUCUCGGAAUAAACUACCGUGAACACCGCGUUCUUCGCCUCUCCUUCUGGGUAAAGCUCACCUUCAUCUUGGUCGAGCUCGCCCUCAUCAUCGCCUUUGGCGUCUGCAGCCGUGUGAAGGCUCGCAACGCCGCAGCCAUUCUCGAAUGGGCCAUCUCCUUCAUCUUCACCUUCUACGCCAUCUCCUUCGUCAUCGAUCUCUACCCAGCUGUCCGCACAAAGGGUCCCGACAAGAGGUUCCAGAAGACUGGCUACGUGCCUUCUGCUCUCUCUGACUCCAGGAGCCCCAGCAAUGCCUCGCACAACAACUUACCGACUGCAGACGGUCGUCGCGAUGUUGAGAUGGCCCAGAACGGCCCUCCUCCCCGAGAUUUCUAA